UGGGGGAAGAUGUCUGGCUUGUUUGCUUGAUCGUUCUGUUCUCGGGAGGUGGAGUUUCCAGGUAACUUGAUCCAGGUGUUUCUCCACUCCCUCAACUGCGAACUGCUACACUUUCUUUUAAAAGAAAGUCAGUGUAACUUAGCGAGCAUUGCUGUAAGUGGCAUAGAGCCGAGUCCCUCUGAAGUCUGGUGUGUGACUGUGAACUAGCACAAAUUACAAGAAGCAAAUCUCCUAGCCCCAAUGCCGGAGUUGAAGACUAAGGAGAAGUAUGUCCUGCUGGGCGAUGACUCUGACGGUGAGAACGAGGAGUAUAACAAGAUGAAACUGUCCUCAGUGAAUGCUCAGCAUGGGAAAAGGUACUCAGCAAGCAGAUUCAGAUGCUUUGCUUGGUGCCAGCCACAAUGGAUUUGUCACAGUUUCUUCAUCUUAUUGCUUCUCUUGUCCCAAGUGGGUUUAUUUUUGUACGUGCUGAAUCUGCAUGGAGAAAUAGCAAAAAUAAAAGUGGGACAAACGACAAGACAGCAAAAAGAACAACUCACUCAGCAGUCUGUUAAGAUGCCUUCUGUCGAGGGGAGCCUUGGAGAAGGAAAUGCGGAACUGAAAUCCAAAGUGGAGGAUUUAUAUGAGAAGCUUGAGGAGAUUACAUUUUCCCUUUCCCGAAGCAAAAAGUUGCAAAAUGCAGAAUCAGAUGUGAACCAUCCACAUAAUAUAGCGAUGAUAGACAAGAAAAUUAGCACUCUGGAGGAUGACAUUAUUCAUAUCAGAGGAGAGCUGGGCUUACUGCAAGCUGAACGUGAAGAGUUAAAGGACAAUGUGGAGAGAAUGAAUAAAAUGACUGAUGACCAGGAAUUUUCCAGCCUGUAUGAAUUCAUCCACAAAGUGAAUGAGUCUAGUGUCUCCAGCUCCACUCAAGUAAAAGGAAAGAUUCAUGCAUUUGACACCUUGAUAUCUGAUCUCACCGCAAACUCAGCACCAUGGAAACAAGCCAAUGAACUCUACCAGUUUGAAGAAUCAGUAAGAAAAGUACAAAAUGGCUCCGAUGAUUUGAAAACUCUCCAAAUCCAACUGGAUCAGACUGAGACUACUGAUAGUACAUCACCAAUAGGCUAUGAGAGGAAACAUCAACAAGUUCCAGAUGUCCAGAUGAGACAAGCAACUACAGAGAGUUUCACAAGGAAGCCAUCUGUCACAAAUGUUGUUGUGAUUUCCUCGAUAAAGAGUCUGAGAGCACUCCAGUCCUUCUUUUAUCAAGCAGAUUGGGCUGCUCGUGGCUACUUAACAUAUGAGGACCUCAUGAAUAAUCUAGGGGAACGUGUACCGCAAGAAGAAGAAAUUAAACCAUUUGAUGAAAAUAAUGACGGCAGGUUUUCCUAUCUAGAAAUAAAACAUGCUUUGGGACUACAAGAAUAAUGCUGGUGAGAACUGUUUGUUUGCAAACCCCAGUGGAUUGACUUCAAGAUCCUCAACGUGACUUUCAAAUCCCUUCAUGAUCUUGCUCUACCCUCAUCUCUGAGAUCUCUUGCAGUCCUAUUCUCCUCUUCAUACCUCCUCAUACCUUGUUAUUUCCUUUAGAUCUUCUUUCCCUAGUAUCAAAUCCUUCUCAAAUAUCUCUUAUUCUGAUCGUGCCUUUGGCCAGCAUUAAUAAACUCUCACCUCCUUCCCUUCCUGCUCCUAUUCUUCAUUGUAAUACACUUGGAGACAUUCAUUCAUUCUACAUAACAAGGCACUAUAUAAGCAGGGUUGGUAAAAAAAAAAAAAAUUGACGAUAAAAUAAGUUUUUUUUGUAUUUGUGAUCAAUAUGUUCAACUGAGAAAAUGUCUGACUUCCUGGUCAUCAGUUGGCCAUGGAUGUCACUUGCGCAUAUGAAUGGUAGUGUAAUCCAUAGUGACCUGUCAGCCUUUUGUGUUGUCUAAAAAAGAAUUGAAACAAUCAACAACAACUUGCAUUUAUAUAGUGGCCUUCACUCAUCAAAAAAACAAGUUUUGUGAUGAAAAUUUAUUUUUGCAAAGAGAGUGGAACACUGCAAACCCCAAAAAUAUGUUUUAUGCAUUUCCACUAAGUCUGGUGUUGGGGGGUGGGGACAAGUUAAAUACAAUAAUGGGUCCCGGGACCUGCUAGCCAGAUGCAUUUUAUUUAAUUUUCGUGCCUCAAUCUUUCCUUUAUUCUUUAUUCUCACUCCAUGGCUGUUUCUGGGACAAUGUUGUGUGCAAACCGGC